UGAAGGGUGAGGUGAGAGGAAGAGAAGCUGGCCUCUUCUUUUGGUUUUGGAAGCAAGGUCUUGCACUCUGGACUUGUCAGCCUUGCAGGCUUCUGGGUAUAUCUCCUCUCAGCUAUGAGUAGAUCAAUAGGAUUUAACAUCUGCAUGGUCACCUGUAGCAUCCUGCUCUUGUCCUCCAGUCCACCAUGCCUUGCAUCUCAGCCACUGGAGGAGAGGGACAUGACAAAGGUCCAGCAUGGCCCCUGGGCAGGGAAUGGGGUAGAAGAUGAAAGGACAAGCAUGUUGAACUUAAAAAAUAACCUGGGCCCUUCUGAGCAGACUGUCUCUGAAGAGCCAUGUGGAGUGUCAGCGAAGCCAUCUGGGAUGCCCUUAAAUGAAGCUUUCUCUGCAGAAGGAGAAAAGCUGCCUGUAAGCCCGAGCCAUGUCAUCCCGGGCAGCCAGGGCCUGGGUGCUCACACCUCUGCUGUGGCAGUGGCUGCUGUAGAUGAGGAGGAGCUUGGUCCCACGAAGUCAGAGCUGGAUGAGGAUGAUACAUUCAAGGCCAUGCUGACCACAGUGGUGACCACGCUGAACCCUGCUGUCCAGGAGGAGUCUGUUGGUGGCCCCAUUAGUGAGACCACCACAGAGGGUGGUGUUGAAGUAGAGCACAGCUCUGCCAGCCUCUCAGCGAACCCCCUUUCUGGGACAGCUGUGGAGGAGGAGGCAGAGAGCAACUCGCACCCUUCAGCUGCACCCCAGCCCACUCUGUACCCCGGCUCUCCCAGCUGGGAAACAGCAAGUGACCACCCCGUCACCCUGACUCCCCAGGCUCAUGGCGUGACCUCUGAGAUGGGAAUGCCAAGAGCCGGCACAGGGAGCCCUCUGAAGUCCCUGGCUGUGCGAGCAUCUGUGGCUGCGAAACGUCCCCUCGGGGUGACUGAGGCCUCCCUCCGCCUGGAAGCAGGGACAGGUGUUGGGCGAGGAGAGCAGCCUGCCGCGGCUGACACUGUCACCAUCCACCCUGUGGACACUGUGCCACCUGACUGGGAUGACACAAAACUGGGGGAUAUAAGUCAAGGGGGAAGGAUGUCUCAUGAGCAGGUGACAGAGGACCUGGGGGCAACUGAACCAUCCCAGACCCCACAGGGAGGUGUGUGGGAGGAAGAGGGUGCCACGAGAGUGCCGCUAUCCCCGGCGUCCCCUCCACCAACUCCUGAGCUUGCCAAGGAGACCAACUGCACAGCGCCGGUGCAAGGGGAGUUGCUGGCAGCUUCCACAGGCAGCAGUGAUGCUCUCCACACUGUGAACCUGACGGGUGUAGACAUGGCUGAUCUCAACUCGCUGGAGAACAUAAAUGGAGUCACAGCACAGGAGGGGAAAAGCAUCCCACCGUCACAGCUGGAGGCUGCUGUGGUGACAGAUACACAGUCUGAUCUCUCUUCUACUCUGGAAAGCUCAUGGAAAGGUGUUACUCAAGAGGUGACAACAGUUGCCCAGGAGGCUGAUGCUGCUCUGUCAGUUGUGACACUGGCGCCUGGUGCUACCCAGGGAACAGGAGCUGCAAGCCUUCCGCAGGAGAACAGUGGGGAGGACACCCAGAUGCCGACUGCUCCUAGUGCCACCCAGACGCUGGUGGCAACUGGUACUUCCUCUAUGGCGAACACUCUGGAUGUAGAAGAUCUCACAGAUGUGGUCCUGGUCACUAGUGAGAAGGCUGUUCCAGCUCCUGGUGGGUUGUCUGUUACCCAGUCUGGACAGACAGAGGAGCCAUCCAGCAGAACUGUGGUCCUGGUAACUCCAGCAUCAAUGGCAUCUUCUGUCAGGAGGACAGCGCUUCCAUCUGUGAGGAGGAUCAGUACAGCUGUGACCUAUGGACUGGACCGCCUGGAGUCAGAAGAGGGUGAGGAAGAGGAAGAGGAUGAAGAGGAGGAGGAGGAAGAAGAAGAGGAGGAAGAGGAAGAUGAGGAGGACAAAGACAUAGAUUUGAUGGAUGAAAGCAUGGAGGGUGACACGGAGCUGCCAGGUUUCACGCUUCCAGGCGAAACCUCCCAGGAGCCCAUAGCUGGCCUGGAAAAUCCUGUGGCCCAGCUGGCCGGGGUGUCCUACCAGGUUCCUGACACCAUCGAGUGGGAGCAGCAGAACCAGGGUCUCGUGAGAAGCUGGAUGGAGAAGCUGAAAGAUAAGGAAGGAGGCAUGUCUAGUACGAUCUAUACUCAUAGCAGAGCACCUUGGCCUGGAAUUCAGCCAGAGCGAACGCUGAAAGGACAGAGAAUGGUUUUCCCGAUGAAGGCAGGAUACAUGUCAGGGAUGCUGGUUCCUGUAGGAGUCGGAAUAGCUGGAGCCCUCUUUAUCCUAGGAGCACUCUACAGCAUUAAGAUUAUGAAUCGCCGAAGGAGAAAUGGCUCAAAGAGACAUAAAAGAAAGCAGAGGGAAUUUAACAGCAUGCAAGACCGAGUCAUGCUCUUAGCUGACAGCUCUGAAGAUGAAUUUUGAAUCGAACUGCAGUGCCCUUGUGAUGGCCCGUGACUUUUAAAAGAAGGGAGGGGGAGAAAAAGAACAAGCGACUUUCUGCUGCAUCGCUGCUCUCCGCCGCCCCGAGCCACCGAGCAGUGGUCGGUACCACCCCGGCGAAACGGCAUGCUAUGCUCUACGUGUACCGCGCAGUGAUGUUUGUUUUGAUACAGUAGUGAGAUUUCACAUUCGCACCCGGCGCCUCAUUCAGAUCCACAGUGCAUCUUGUUACAGCUGGAGCUGAUCCAUAUGGACGAUUAUUUUCCUAUUACCCUGGUGUACUGUUUUGGUCCUGGCUGGCAGUAAUCUCAUCAUAACAAUAGCUCUCACCUAACCCGGGAAUGGAAAUCUUUUCUGUGAAUGACUUCUGUCCAAUUCGUUAAUUUUAAAUGUUACAUUACCUGAGCUAGAGUUCAUUAAUGCUAAGAUUAGCUGCUCUGCUUAAUUAAUGAGUUAUACACUUGAACUGUAUCCCUUGCCACCUGAGAAGUGCCCAUGUACAGUGUUGUUGAUACAGUUUGAAGCACAUUUCUGCACUCGGUUCCCCAACUUUCACCCCUUCUUUCUUCCUUCAGCUCUGCUCCACGCUUCUUGGAGACACAAAGGAAUGGCCUCAACACUUGAUUCACAACAAAAAUCCUAGUCCAUUUUCAACCAGCACUGUCUGUUACAGCACAAUAAAUACCAGCGCUCGCCUACUGACGGAUAGUCUUGCAUGGAUCUUUUAGCUUAUGUUCAGUGUGCAAGUAGGUAAGAGAAGAGGCAGGUCAGAGGUUUCCUCAGCUUCUGCCUCCUGUUUGAAGGACACUAGUUAUUGGUUCAUCUUUCACAAGGCUGCAUUCACAUAGACUUGAAAGCGGAGCAUCUGUCUCCUUUACCCACUGGAAAUUGCAUUUUCAGCCCCUGAAAGCUGCGUGAACGGCAGCACCUUUGGGGGACCUGGAUGGGUCUUGUCUCCAGACUGCCAAAUGCAGAAAGGCACCAAAGGUUGCGGAGCGGGUGACUGUCAGUGUUGAGGGAUUCGUGGCUAAUAGUCGGAAAGCAGCGGCAGCCACAGCUGGAGAGAUGUCUGCUGUGGGGAGGUGAAAUGGUCACACUGGGAACCCUUGGCCGUGGGGGAAGAGGUGAAGCUGUAGGACAGAUGGCUGCAGAGGGUUGUGGAGGUGAAGCCCAAGGGUGGCACGGGAUGAGGGCAAGCUGCCGUGCUGCCUGGGCUGCUAGCACCGGGUUGCACAGGGAGACAGCCAGUGUCUGAGAUGUUACGGGAACCGAGCAGGGGAAACUAAUGUCGCUUUGCACAGAAAUGCUGUCAAAAUAGCUAGAAAAAGGGCUGCGUUACUUUAUCUCUGCUUCCGGUUGUGAAAUUACUUCAUUCUGACAUUUUUGCAAAACGUCCAUGUUUCUGAGGUGGGAAUCACUGUUCUGUGGGGAAUCAUCCUUCAUACAAGGAACAGUGACUGUUGCUGGAGGAGACCUGAUUAGACAAAUAAGGCCAGACCACACAUCUACUGAAAUUAAAUCCCACUGAGUCUUCAAAGAAGUGGAAGGGAGGAGAGUUUGAGGAGGGGCAGAUGCAGGAUUUCAUUCCUUGGAAAGGUGAACAGACCUGUCAGAUUGUCAAGGGUAGAUGUCGAUGAUGGUGAGCAAAUGUCUCGUGGGCAUGUGAGUGGGUUUGCAAGGUAGAGAGGACAUUCAGAAGACCCUCCUGAAGCUGAGUUCUCUCUUGAGAGGGUCAGGGCCUCCUCUGGACAUUAACUCAUCAGACAUGAUGUUCAGCUCCGAACAAGCAGUGCUCUUCAGAGCCCAGGUACUUUCCUGUAGGCCUUACCCACACAUCUACUGAGUCACCUGGAGAAGGAUAGGCAGGACAACCUAGCUUCAAAAUGCUGCUACUAAUGCUAGUCUUCCAGUCAAAGAGCUGUGUGUGGUCCCUCACACAUUCAUCCUGCUGAGUGUGUGGGAAUCAAGCUGGGGGGAGACACAGUAAAACCUGGUCUAUCAACAUACUGGGGAGCCUUCAUACCCUAAUCCCUCUAGGACAGGCUUUCCCAGCCAGGGCUCCACAGUGCUUGCAUCUCUCCCUUUUCAUUCCUGAAACUUUGACCAGGAGAAUUUUGCCUUGCUAAAAGCAGCACCACCUCUUUAACAGGCACUGACUGGCAGCCCUCUGUUAAGUCCAGGUGCCCCUACCCAAAAUUAAAGCCUCUUUCUUCCAUAAUAAGUGAUCAAUCCAAGCUAGGAAGAAGUUUUCCUUCCAGACUGAUCUCUCCCUAUUUCCUUCUCAUUCCUAAGCCGCUUGGAGGUGGCCGGGAGGUGUUAGCAGUCCAGUUGAGCGUUGCUGGCUGUCUUGCAGGUCUGGGAAUCAGGGAAUGUUGUCCCUUGGACUCUUUGAUGAUUUGUUCCUGGCAAGGCGUGAUGGGGGUUGCAAGGUGGAAUGACUUCUCCUCCGUUCCAGUUUGCCUUCCAGAAAGGCUUGUCUUCUAGGUACAGCGCCAGGCAGGCUGGAAACAAGACUACACAGGCAGCUGCAGGAUGUUCUUGAAAUGCUUUACCCUGCUCCAGCCAGGGAGGCAUGGAGAAUAAGCAGUGGCAAAGGGUGUUGGCCUCUCUGCAUGAGGGAGUCUUGUCUUGGAGCAGAAAGGAUGGUGGCUGGGCUGGCUGAGUCCUUUGCAUGCGACUGUAGCCUGAAAGAGAGACGCAAAAUAACACUGGAAAAGAGGAGCUGCCAGCGAUACUGCAGAACGGAGCAGAUGUACCAGCAAGACCCAAGCAGCUGGAGAUCAGCAGGGUUUUGUGCAAUAACAGCCUGUGAAGGACAGUCUCCUCUUGCUUUCCUGUUAAUGGUACUGUGCCUGCGCAGUGUGUGAUAACGGCACAAGUUGCGUUAAUUAAUCGAUAAUACACAGCGCUCCUGGGCCAGUCAGGAGGAGGAGGGAUGGCGGAGCAAGGCUGCUGGUCUGAGUGUAAGUACCCCAGCUCUGGCAGCGCAGGAAGAGCUUUAUGGAUGGGUUGUCAAUUUGAUGGAUAGGGAAGGCUGGUGGGGAGGUGCCGUGGCCUUUUGUUGUGCUAAUAAAUCCACAGUUUGGGAAACACUGAGUUUCUACAGUGGCAAUCAGUUUCACUGUCUCUCUUCUUCUCCCUCCCCAACAUAAUGAACUUAAGAAAUGAAAGGCAACGCUGCCAGUCAUAAUGACGAAGGUGGUGUUUUGGUGCAUCGGCUGCGUGCCCUGGUGUCCUCAAGAAUGAGGCUUCACUUGGCGAGGCCAUGGCGUGGGUGGCUGGGAUGCUGGAUAUCAGUGGUGCCUCAAGUGGGGCUGACAAAUAGUUGCAAAUAUCGGAGCGGUUAUAUGGCAAGCAUGGUGGGACAAACUGGCAAGCAGGAGAGUUGUAGUCAAAAGAGAGGUCCAGCUGCAUGUAUAGUUCAGUGUUGACUCUCUGGUCUGUGCUGGAGCCAGCCUUAUGGGCUAGAAGGGCUGCCCAAAAAUUUUGCUUGUGGUCCAUCUUCACUCCCAGGCCUGUCUCUGGCUCUGAACACCAUCAGCCAAGGUGCCUUGGUUGGGAGCUGCUCGUUGGCAGGAGACUGCUGUUGGCCAACUUUCUGAGCUGCUCAGCAGUGCAGAGAGAUCCCAACCGAUGUCCAUUUGAAGUGGAGGUCUUUGUUGAAUAGUUGUUUUUGGUCAGGCACGUGCCCCAGAGCCUGGAGGCUCCCCAUGUCUUCAGCUUAGCUAUUCUUAACAUGGAAGCAAGAUGGACAGUCAAACCCAGCCUUGGGUCCCAGUGAAGCUUGUAGGAGCCUUUGGAGCACGGACAGGGUUUUCUGCAGUGCCCUUGAUGUCAGUGUAAUUUCUGGAGGUCCUUAAAGCACAAGCAUCAUUCAGCUUCUUCCCUUCUCAUCCAAGGCCAGCAGACUUUGGAUUGGGCUCUUAAAAAUAUUCUCUAUACAACUUCUGGAGUUUGAUUCAUUUGCUUGAAAUUAUCAGAUUGCAGGCAGGAAGGGGAGGAGGGUUUCAGGUGGGAGCUGAAGCCUCCAGUCUCUUAACGCUCUGCUGAUUUAAUCUAUACCUCUGCAUUGCCAAACAAGCAGAUUCUUUUGAAAGAGACGGACAAGAAAAGCAGCCGAGAAGCGCCCUCCUCGUCCUCUGUGCUAGGUGAACCGCGAGCCCCUGAAUGUAGAGGUGGGUCAUGACACUGCUAACGUGUCUGUGGCCCCAUGCAAAGGCAUGGCUGAGAUGGCGACUUUGCUGCAGCAAUAAUAAUCUCUCGACUCGGCACAAGACGAGUCACUCGCCUCUGUUUUGGGUUUUCCUGAUAGCACAAGCCAGAAUUUAUUGUAGGCAUCACACAACUGCUUUGGCGUCUACAGCCCCAUUUCCAACGGGAGGAACCAGCCUGCCUGGCGUGCAGCUCUUGCCCUGAUGAAAUGCGCCCGCACUAUACAGCUGCUGGUUUUUAAAGGUGUCUCUAAUGCCAGAUGUUCACCUAGGUGAGGUUUCUCUGGACUGCACUGCUUCCAUAGAGUGAUAUUAGCAGUCCUCAUGCUUUCUUGUGGUUUUCUAUUUCUGACAAGAACAACUCCUCAUACUGUAACUAUGGAAUGUAGCACUUUGUUAAAUUAAAACAUUGGGAAAUAAAAAGCUGUCCAUUAUA